UGAGCGGGAGAGAUCAUCAGCUGUGCGGCCGGGAAUCAGGAACAACACCGUCUAACGACACUCGCAGGUUAGUUACAUCUAUUUACUGCUGUUGCUCGGUGGUGUUUUUAUCCAAAGAGUCCCUGCUUGUGCUUCUGUCAUGGCAGACAGAGAGGAGCUGGUACAGAAGGCCAAACUGGCCGAGCAGGCUGAGCGCUACGAGGACAUGGCUGCAGCCAUGAAGGCUGUCACAGAGCUGAACCAGGAGCUCAACAACGAGGAGCGCAAUCUGCUCUCUGUUGCCUACAAGAAUGUGGUCGGAGCUCGAAGGUCCUCCUGGAGGGUGAUCUCCAGCAUCGAGCAGAAGGCUGAAGCCGAAAAGAAGGCUGAAGCCGAAAAGACGCCUGAAAGCGAAAAGACGCCUGAAAGCGAAAAGAAGGCCACGCUGGUCAAGGAGUACAGAGAGAAGAUCGAGGGGGAGCUCAAAGAGAUCUGCCAGGAAGUUCGGGACCUGCUCGACAAAUAUCUGAUCCCCAAAGCAUCAGGCGCAGAGGGCAAAGUCUUCUACCUGAAGAUGAAGGGAGACUACUUCCGCUACCUGGCUGAGGUGGCUACCGGAGCCGAGAGGAACGAAAUUGUUAAGAACUCACAAGGUGGCUACCAGGAUGCCUAUGACAUCAGCCUAAAGGAAAUGGAGGCUACACAUCCCAUCCGCCUGGGCCUUGCGCUGAACUUCUCCGUCUUCUACUACGAGAUUGCAAACCUGCCUGAGGAGGCUUGCAAACUGGCCAAGACGGCCUUUGAUGAUGCCAUCGCCAAGCUGGACUCACUCAACACUGAAUCUUACAAAGACAGCACCUUGAUCAUGCAGCUGCUCCGUGACAACCUGACUCUGUGGAUGUCGGACCCAAGCGGUGAGGGCGGGAUUGAGGUAGAAGAGGGGGAGCAGCCAGCUGAAGACAAGAACUGAACUUCAGACGAGAAAAGAAACCCCACAGUUUUCUUUCCUUUUUUUUUUUUUUUUUUAACCUCUCACCAGCCUAAGUUGUGUGUGGUUGUGUGUCCACAUACAUGCACAAAUAUGUAUGUUUACACUCCACUCUGUGUGUAAAGUACAGUAUGUGUGUGCAGAUACAUUGAAGCAUUGAAGUGUAUGUGUUAAGUGUAUCAACACCUCCACAGGGAAAAGAAUGGAAUAGAUUGGUUGUUUUUAUUUUUUUUAACAUAACUCAUUGUGUGACCCAGUGGAUGUUCAUUUCCUUUAGAAUUCUUUUCCUUUAAAUAAUUUUGUCUCUUUUAGUCCAAAUGAAAUCCCUCCUUUGGAUCCAAAUCUGCCCCAUUCUCUCCAACCUUAUUCACUGUAGCAAACCGCUGCUGUUGCAGGAAAGCAAACCAACCAACCUCGAAGUGUAACUUUGAUAAUAAUUUGUAUGUUUUUACUUGAACUGAACAUUUACAACCUUUGUGACACUUUAGUCCACAAAACUCCUUUGAGGCACGUGUUAAAAAGGAAAAAAAUGGUCACAGUAGUCUGAAUUCAUUACUUUUUUUCUUCAUCUGACAAUAGCAGUACACACAUACUGUUGGCAGGUUUCACCUAUUACGGUAUUGCUUGUAUCCAUACGGCCCUGUCAGUGUCCAGUGUAGCAGGUAGAGAUUUUUUUUUUUUUUUUUUUUUUUAAAAUGGAUGGUACAUGUGUCAUGGCUCAAUGGGUUUUUACAGUGCUUUCAGGCAUAGGAAAGGUUUUCUAUAUGAAUGACCACUUACAAAAGCUGUAAUUUACUUUUGGUUUGUUGAGAGGGUUACAUUCCAUUUUACUGACAUCUUUUCACUCAUCAGUGAAACGAGUAGACUGUAAUGUCCUGCAGUUUUGCAUACCACGUGACAAGCUAUAUAGACAGCCUAAGAUAAAGUUAACAACUUGAUAAAAUGGCUCGAUACUGUAACUUUUGAUAUUUUAUCUCUUCAGCAGUGCAGAGGAUACUUUUUGCCAUGUGCUUUUAUGUGGCUUUCUACUCUUUUUCUAUUCAGGUGUUUUUUGUAUUUUCUUUUGUUUAUUUUAUUCCCUUAUUGAGUAUUGAUUUGACUCCUGGAAUGUAUGUGGUUCUCAGUAGUCUGGUGUGAGGGUUAGGCAUCGCUUUUAAAACUGGCAAUCUCUGCUUAGGAUUAGGUGGAAUACAGUUACAUUUAUCUUCCUUGAAAGUACAUUUUGAAAAGGCAAAAUUUCAAACCAUGGCAAAUAUAAAAAUGAGAAUUUUAGGUAAGUUGAUAGGAAAUUGCAUUAAGGUCAUUUAGUGAUCACAAAGUAGUGCCAGUUUCUUCUAAGUACAGUAUCUUGGUUUUAAAAAAAAGUUGGGAUGCAGAAUUCGGCGAGUAACGCUCUUGGGUAUGUUAUUUGGUUAUGUGCUUUCAUGUAAGUGGAAUUAAAACAUUCAAAUUAA